UUAAUUUCUAUUUACUUAGGAUAAUAAAGUAACAGAGUUUUAGUAUAAAGUUUUUUAUACAUGUUACUUGUGGUGUGGGUAAAGAACUUUGGAAUUGACAAGAAAGAUCGAGGCUCUGGAACAACAGAUAUAUCAAAAGCUGCUAUGGAAUAUCUUUUCGUUCUCCCGCCGUGAAAGGGCUGAGGAAGAAGAAGGUGUGGUCGAAGGCCAUGGUCAAGUCCGAUUCUAAAUCCAGCGGCUUUGAGAAUCUCACUGAGGAUCUAUUCAUUGAGAUACUGUUGAAAUUAUCGGCCAAACAGGUGACGAGGGCAAUGUGCGUCUCACAGCUCUGGUAUUCCGUAAUCUCCUCCCGCUAUUUUACCAACCUUUUCCUUGAAUCCUCAUCAUUGUCCAAACGACCGCGUUUACUCAUGUUUCUUGUGGACAAGAAAUACCAGAGAAAUUAUGAGUUUCUUUCAUCAUCUUCGCAUAUUGAUCACGUAGAUACGCCUGUCUCUGUCUUCGACCAAACUCUGGACAUCAAAGGACUAGGGGGCUACUUCGUGAAUGCUCUUCGUGGCUUGCUCUGUGUCAGACUUGGGAGAAGUGUGCGAAUCUGUAACCUAACCACCAUGCAGCUCGUGGAUUUGCCCAUAAGAUCAAGACUUUUGGCUGAAGCUAAUGACAAUGUUUGGAGCUAUUUUGGACAUGACCCUGUUCAUGAUGAAUACAAAGUUCUUAGCACAGUUUGGGAGGAUAGCGAGGAAGAGGGCAUUGUGAGAUUCGAGAAUCAGAUGUUGGUACUUGGUCCUGGAGCUAACUGGAGAAACACUUAUAGCAUUACUCCUCCUCCUCAUCGUCCUUACUCACAAGGUAUCUCCAUCAACGGUGUGUUUAUUAUGGAGCUUGAAUUACCCACUGAGGCUGGCAUUGUCUGGCACAAAUAUCGCGCAAACCUCAUCAACUACGGAGGCAAAUUAGCUGUUUUAGAAUACUCCAGCCUUUCAUCUAAUGCAAAUGUGGACCUGUGGGUUCUGGAAGAUCCAGGGGAUAAUGAAGUGGUCAAACAAGAAUCUGGUCUUACCUCUUUCACAGAUGAAUUUUGUUCAUGGCGAUGAGUUGGAGAUACAAUGCAUGAGUCGAUGCGGUGAGAUUAGGCUGCUAAAGACAAAUAUCAGAUCGUUUAAAACUAGACCCUCAGUCAUAUAUGAUUUGGUGAAGAACAAAAUAACAAGAAGACUUGCAAUAACCUCAUCAGUGCUCUGGUUUUGUGGAACAUCCAGGGAUUUGCAUACGAUUUUUUGGGAGGAUGAUCUUGAGAGCAUUAUGUAUUUGGAGACCUAAAUUAUUUUUGCAUAAAACAAUACCAUUUUGAGCUCCUAAGAUUAAAGUUAUUACAUUUCAUAUGAACAAUGUGAGGAGUUGGAUCCAUACAUACAUGACUCCAUAACUCGUAAGGUAAUUGAAUUGCUAUUUGUUGUUUGAUUUGUGGUAACGAACCAAACCAGCUCUCCACAUCAAGGAAUUAUUGGUUAACAAAAGAAACCCUCGGCUUAAAUAGUUAGUAGUUUUGAGUUUUUUUCCUGCAGUAAGACCCAUCAAACAUCUCGAAGCUUCUGCUUCUUCUUCUAAGAUUUUUCAACUCUUAUGCAUGGAGAAGCAUUCUUGGAGCUCAGCAACUCUUAACAACAGGACUGAGAAACCUAACACACAACUUUCUUUUCUCCGAUAAAAUGGUUCGCAACACCAACGUUGAUGCCUCUCUUUGAUCUACCAGAAUCUUUCACCGUCUUAAUCCUUCUCCGUACGUUAUGCAUACAAUUCUCUUUUAGGGUCAUAUCCUCUAUAAGAAGUUUUAUGUUUCAAAUAACCCAGUUAUUUUUAGAAGACGAGUUCACAAAACAAAGCUUCUCAUAAUAUGACAUACCAAUUAAAAAAUCAAUUAAAUUGGUAAAGUAUAAAAUCCCUCAAUUUAUUCAACAUCACAAGGCAUUAUAUUGGGAGAACCGGAGAUUGACAGUCGAGAUGAUUGUCCAAGAAUAUGAAAAUCAUGAAAAUCGAGAAGGAUCUAGAAUAUUAUCAUAUCUUUUUU